CACGUGACCCCGCCGAUAGUAUAUCUUUAACUGAAAAGUAAUCUAUCAGACAGUCCUUAAAAACCGGCCUUAAAAGCAUGUGUCAUCCCGACUGCACCAUCCGGAGUUCGUCUUAGUUACUAUUAAACGCCUUUUGAAGGGGGACUGGUGUAAAGCACGCGACACAAUUUAAAACUUAAGGCUACACACUAGAGGAGAAAUAUUUUUUAAAGUUUCCCUGGCAGGCCGGGCCGACCUGCAUUUAGAUUUUGGUGACAUUCGAUCUGACGGCGACGGGCCACGCACUUACCUCUGGGUUGUUCCUCAGCAAAGUGAGCUGUGAUGACUCUGUCUGGAGGCAACAGUGCCAACGACAUGUCCGGUCAGACGGUGCUUACUGCUGAAGAUGUGGAUAUCGAUGUGGUCGGAGAAGGCGACGAGGAAAUGGAGAGGGACAGUGACUGCGACAGCCAGGGGAUUCAUGAGCGCGCCGAAGAAGUGGAGGAGAUCGGAGUUAAGGAGAGGGCGGGCAGCCCCUGCGAGAGCUCCGGGGAGGGUGAAGGCAAGGCGGACGGACAAGAAAGCUCAUCGGGUCCCAUGCCGAACAAACCAAAAAACAGCCUGGUAAAGCCGCCGUACUCGUACAUUGCGCUUAUUACCAUGGCUAUACUACAGAGCCCGCAAAAGAAACUGACUCUCAGCGGGAUCUGCGAGUUCAUCAGCAACCGCUUCCCGUAUUACAGAGAGAAGUUUCCAGCCUGGCAAAAUUCCAUCCGGCACAAUCUGUCCUUGAACGACUGCUUCGUCAAAAUCCCAAGGGAGCCGGGAAACCCAGGCAAAGGCAACUACUGGACGCUGGACCCCCAGUCGGAAGAUAUGUUCGACAACGGCAGCUUUCUCAGGAGAAGGAAACGUUUCAAGCGACACCAGCCUGAUAUUCUCAGGGAUCAGACCGCACUCAUGAUGCAAAGUUUUGGGGCAUACAGUCUUGGAAACCCGUACGGCCGACACUAUGGGAUUCACCCAGCUGCCUACUCCCAUCCGGCGGCUUUGCAGUACCCUUACAUCCCUCCAGUGGGUCCAAUGCUUCCUCCGACGGUGCCCCUCUUGCCGUCAACCGAGCUCAAUAGAAAAGCUUUUAAUUCUCAACUUAGCCCCAGCCUACAGUUGCAACUGAACAACCUGAGCACCGCGUCCAUGAUCAAGUCCGAGCCGUCUAGCAGACCAUCGUUUAGUAUAGAAAACAUUAUCGGGGCUUCCAGCACUUCGUCCAGUGCCCAGACUUUCCUGCGGCCCCCCGUGACCGUUCAGUCAGCCUUGCUGAGCGCACAGUCGCUGUCCCUUACCCGGACAUCAGCUGCUAUCGCUCCUAUUCUCAGCGUACCCACGAAUAUUAUUUCGGGACAGUUUUUACCCACAGCAUCAGCGGCGGCUGUAUCGAAAUGGCCUUCUCAGUGAUUUUUUUUGUAGACUUGGGGGAGGGGUAACUGUACAGCACAAUCUGGCAGCACUGGUCUCUGUCCACAAAACUGUAGCCAUGUAAAAAGUUUAGAAUGAGAGAAACGAACGAAAUGGAAUGCUUUCUGUACAGGUAAAAUUUGUAAAUAUUUGUACAAAAAUUGAUUUACUUGUUUGAAUUGUUUUGUUUUGUCGUUUAUUUUAUUUUAUUGUUCGAACUGUGUUUUAUCCCAGCUUUCUCAUUUUGCCCCGAAAGCUCUCCGCAAGUAGAAAUUCACAUUAUCAUUAUGUUUUUUUUUUUUUUUUUUUUUUUUGAUUUUGCUUUUUAAUAAAUAAAAAUACAUUGUUAUAAUUCGAUUGGAGAAAUACUGUGUUUAUAAAAUUUAAAUAUAUGUAUUCUAUGUAGUUCUACUGUGUUGUAAAUUGAAAAUCAUUUGUUAAUAAAUUUUAAAACAAAGUAA